AUGUUCAUAUCUAAAUUCAUUACUACCUACCUUUCUACCUAUCUAUCUGUUCAUGUCUACCUAUCUAUCUAUCUAUCUAUCUAUAUAUCUAUCUAUCUAUCUAUCUAUCUAUCUGAUUUUGAAUUUAUCUGUUCUUUCUUUCUCUCCUCCUUUCUUACUCUUAUUCAUUCUCUCUCACUCUUUUUUAUUCUUUUAGUUCUUAUUCUUUCUUUCUCUCCCCUUUAUCAAUUCUUAUUCUUUCUCUCCUUCUUUACUCUUAUUCUUUCUUUUAUUCUCUCUGCUUUAUUUCCCCACUUAAACUUCAUUUUUAAUAUUUCCUCUCUAUUCUCUUAUGUGUUCACUCUCACUUCCUCUCUUGCUUACACUCUUUUUUUUCUCUCACACUUUAUUCAUUUUUUCUUUGCUUCUUUUCUCAUAAAAUCUUCUCUCUCACUAUCUCACUUUUCCUUUCUAAUUCUCUCUGCCAGAUUUCUGCCUUUUUUCUCUUUUCUUCUCUCAUGGAAUUUUCUAAUCUCUCAUUCUCUCUCUUUCUCUCACCAUUAUUUAGUUUCUUUCUUUUUCUUUCCCAUUUACAUGAUUUUUUUUUCUCUUUUCAUUCUCUCUCUCAUUUUCUCUUUUUUCGUUCUUCUCAUUCUUUCUUUCUUAUUUUCUGGCUCUCUUUCUCACAAUAUUUCUUUCCCUUUCACUCAAAUGUUUGCCCUUUCUUUCUAUUUUUUAAAUUUUUUUUUUCCUUUUCUUGACAGUUUAAAAAAAAUAUGUGUUUGCUUUAAUUUUCCUUAA